UUCCAUUCUUUUUAUCUCCUCAGUUGGAUCUCUGUGUUUCUUUGACAAAUCCAGUCUCUGCUAUCUUCUUCUUUGCAUGUUAGGCAACAGUAAAAGCACAUUGCUGUAGGGGGAGACUCCUGCUGACCUAUUACUUAAUAUUAUUUUUCAUGUUGUUCACCCAUUUAAUAAUCCCUAGCCAUGUGAAAGUAGCUUUUUUAUGUUGAUUCACAAAAAGGUGGUCUCGUUUCUACUUUUAUGAAUGCAUAUUUGCAAAUGUUUAUCUUUCAUGCAAAGUUUGUCAAUUUUACAGAUCCACAUGUUCUAGUAUUAAAUGCUCCUACAGAGCAUGUCCUCCUCCUUUUUCUCAUGCCUAGAAAGCUUGGAAAAGUAGUAUAAUCCUAUAGUUCCCUUUACAAAAUCCACAAUUUUUUUGGCUGGUCACUCUUUAUUUCUGCAUGGAUAGAGAUUGUUGCUAUGAUUCAUACACUUGUUUCCGUUUGGGAGAAUUACAAGGGGAUGUUCUGCUUACUGCUUUGGUAAAGAUUGUUGCUAAAACACUGAAUGCCAGUUGAAACUUGAGCACCAUUAAUUCUGUCCUUGUUUCUUAUCAUCCACUCAUCUGCAAAGAUGAAAUAAAGAUGGAAGUACUGCCGUUCCCAAAGCUGUCUCCUCCUCCAGCUUCUACAUCAUUUAUUGACGACCUGAACCAUUCCACCAUCUCUCGCUCUCUCUCUCUCUAUCUUUUUCCUGUGCACACAAUAUUUUUCACAUUGCUAUGGAUCUACAGCUCAUGUACAUGCAUUGCCAUGGCAAAAGAAUUGCACAGAUGAAAUAAAGUUGGAAGUAUUGCUGUUCCCAAAGCUGUCUCUUCCUCCAGCUUCUACAUCAUUUAUUGACCUGAACCAUUCCACCAUCUCUCUCUAUCUUUCUCCUUUGCACGCAAUGUUUUUCACAUUGCUAUGGAUCUACAGCUCAUGUACAUGUAUUGCCAUGGUAAAAAAAUUGUAGAGAGAGCAGCCAUGUGGGAGUACAGAACAGUUCUGUAUGCACAAGCUCUACUAUUCCUAUUCCUCUCUCUCUCUCUCUUUCUCUACUCACGGUUUGCUCACUUCUUUAGCUAAUUCAGUAUCUGCUGUUGUGCUUCUCACCACCACCUCUCCUUCCUUCCUCCAUGGAGAGAGUUUGAAAUUUGAAGUGGGGCUUGGAAAUGUGUGCCUCCAUCUGUGCGGUGUUGCUUCUAUUUAAUUGUACCGUUGUCCACCAUCUCUUUGGUUCUGAAGCAUAGUUUAGGCAUCUGAGCAGGUGAAGCCAAGUGUUGGGGUGUGGGUUUGAGCUUUAAGAUUCGAUCCAAUGCCGAGAUCAAGAGGGUCGUCAGAUGCGCCGCAGAGGCAGUCGCCGCGGGCGCCGCUCCACCUGAGGGCCACCGCCUGCUCCGAGGCCAACAGCGUGCACCACCGCCCCGUGGCCGCCGACCGCAGCCCCAGGGUGUCCCCUCGUGGUGUCUUACAAGAGCAGAGGAAGCGGGGCACGAGGGUAACCGACCUGGAGACCAAGCUGAAGAAGGCGCAGGAGGAGCUCAAGCGGCUGAGAGACCAGGUGGCCUCGGCGGAAGCCGCGAAGACCGAGGCGGAGCAAGCUCUCGUGAAGGCCAAGAAGCGGAUCACGGCCACAGCCCCGACGGCGAAAGGAGAAGACGUCAAGCGUCAUGUUCCUCAGGAGUCUCGAAAGGAGGGCGGUCCACCGCAGGAGAACAAGUCCGAGGAGGAGAGCGUCACUUCUCCCGCGACGAUGGAUGUCUUCGAAGUAGUAGUGCCGACUGAGCCCAUCCACAGAGAGAACGAAGACGUCAGCAUGCAGAAGAAAGAAGAGAGUGCGGUGGAGAGGGAAAAGGAGGAGACAAAGACAAUGAUCAGCGAUGCAGUAGUUGCUGAGACAGAGGAGAAAAAGAAGGAAGAAGAGGAAGACAAGAGAGAGCCGUUGGUGAUACCUGAUAGCCCACAGGUGGACGCUCUCAAGGCCAAGCUCUCGGAGAAGGAGAAGGAAGUGGAGAUACUCCUCGAGGAGAACGUCAUCUUCAAGACCAGAGCCGACGAGGAAGCGAGGCAGAUCGCAGACGCUGCUCGGGCCAAGGAAGAAGAGCUGACGGCGAGGCUGAACUCCACGGAGGAAGAGCUCAAAGAAAGCAGAGCUAAAGCGGGUCGCCUGGCGGAGCAGCUGGAGGCAGCAGAAGGCGCGAAGGCGGCGUUAGAGGCGGAGAUGAAGCGGCUGAGGGUGCAGACAGAGCAAUGGCGGAAGGCGGCAGAGGCCGCUGCCGCAGUACUGGCAACGGGGGACGCAACGGCCGAGGACACGACGGGGAGAAGGGUGGCGGAGCGGUGUGGGUCGAUGGACAAGCACCUCGGCUGGGGGUCGCCGCUGGUGGCCGGGGACACGGACGAAGACGGCAGCGGGAGGAGAAAGAGCGCCGGGAUUCGAGUGCUCGGGGAGCUGUGGAAGAAGAAGGGUCAGCGGAAAUGAGCUGAUCGAAACAGAGGAAGGAGGUGAGUAGCUCAGCCUCAUCCGUCCCUCGUUAUGCUUACUCUGUUCGAUUAUUACUACUGUUGUAGUUGUCGGUAAGAGGCAAUCUUUUGGUCUCUGCAUCUCUCUGCUUUGGAUUUGAAUCAUAAACGGAGGGAAGUUGUAUGAGUUCUUCUUGGUAGACAUGGGAUUUUUUUUGGCACACUGUUUUAGCACACAAAUCAUUGGCUAUGUAACUUUUAAUCAUGUUGGAUUAGGUUUAAAUAUCAACAUUCUUGGUUUAAGCAUGAGUAAUUAUCCUUCCCCAUUUUAA